GAUUAGUCAGUCUGGGAGUUGGCUGAUUACAUGAUUACUUGAUUUUGGUUACCACAAACCAUACAAGUUUCCCCUACCCUUUGAUUGGAUUACUAAAAUGCAAUCAAAGCUGGCUAAUCUUAUCAAAAAUGCUGCUCCCUGGGGCCCAACGAAUCGUGUAAUUAUGCUUAAUUGGCCCAACGAAUCGAGUUAACACUUUGCUGGCUGAAUAAAUAUUUUAAUUAACUAUUCAAAAAUGUACACGCAAUCGUCAGGCCAUUCACCAAUUUAGUUUUAUUUAAUGAAAUUAAAACGACCACAAAAUCAAGAUUAUUUUUUUUUUUUGCACAAAAUAAAGAGAGAGAGACUAAUCAGUGUUUAAUUAUAGGAACUAACUAGCUUCCUACUCCUACUUAACCAUAAACAAAAGCUGGUUAAAACGAUGACUUCCGUGUGGCUUUUAAACUGCCAAGCAUGAGUGCACAUCGAACCCCCCAUAAAUGUAGAGGGUUAACUUCUAUCUGCUGUUUGAUAAUAUGUCUUAUCUAAAAUUGAAUAUUCCUUUCGAUGAGAGCCAAAAAUUAUUUAUAGUUCAGUUUGUAGUCAUGACUUCACGUAGACGUGUCUACUACGCCCUCUUCUUUGGCUUAGUUUUAUUCGUUUUUAUUACUUUAUGUUUUAAUAUUAACGAAGUGGAAAAAUCAAGGGCUAAAAGUAGUCUCCAACAUAAUUCGGAUCCCUUGUACGAUAAGAUCAGGAUACUCUGCCUGAUACCCUAUCAUUACCAAAUUCCUAAAACCCCCAAAUAUGUGAAACGUACUUGGGGUAAACACUGCAAUGUCUUGCUGUUUGUAAGUGGCGAUGUCGAUGAUGAGCUGGAACCCUAUGUUCCUGUGAUCAAUUCCACGGAUAAAUGGACUUUGGUCCAGCAGGGGCUGAUGCAUGCCUAUGCAUUUUAUGCUGAUAAAGUUGAUUGGUUUCUCAGAGUUGAGCCCUCUAGCUUUGUAGUCGUGGAGAAUCUCCGGUAUAUGAUAGAGAGAAGGAAUUAUCUGCCCAGUCAACCGAUCUACUUUGGUUACGAACUGGAGAAUACUGUUACGCAUGAACCUUUUGCUUAUUACGACAGUGGAUAUGUUAUGAGUCGCGAGGCAGUAAGACGAUUUACGAUUGGUUCCAAGGAUCCUGAGAAUAAGGAAUGCCAACACUGGAAGGGUUAUGCUGAAGGAUUGGAUAUACAUCGAUGUAUGAGCUAUGGUAAUGUAACCAUAGUCGAGAGCAGGGAUGAACUUGGUAAUGAGACCUUCUUGCCCGUAACAAUGCAUCAUCAGUUCUUGACUGGCUAUAAGCAUAUACCUUGGUUACGUAAUCUGACAUAUCACAAGGUUUCAGAGGAAACCAUUCCCAUAUCCCAACGCGCCAUAGCUUUUCGGGUAGAAUAUCCCCCUGAAAUGUAUGAUUACUAUUACUUUGUUUAUAUAUCGAGAAUCUUUGGCAAUCCCUUACAAAACUCUAUACAUUUUAGGCCAUAAUAAAGCAGACUCACCUCAGGCA